CAGUAGUUAUUUCAGUGGCGGGAUAGGCAAGGAGGUCUCAGAGCUGAGCAGCGUCCGAAGGAUCUGUGCUAUUUUUGACAUUCUGAAGGAUUACGUUAUUGGAGGAUUUUCAUCUGCUCUCUGUGGAUUAAUCUCGUUUCCAGGAUGAGGCUGCUUUCGCUCGCCCUCUUCUACCUGGGCUCCGUCGCCUUCGGGGUGGAGGCUGCCCAGCUGGACGCCGCCGCAGACGUCAAGAGAAAGUGGUCCAGAUGGGCGCUAAGCCGAGCCAGGCGGGAGGCGACGCUCACCAAGGCUGAGGCGAACGUGCCUUCCCUCGUCCACGUCCGGGAGGUGAAAGGCGAGCCCAGCCGCCGUGAGGAGGGCCACAUCCGCCUGAAGCGCCAAGACCCCAAUGCUGUCUUCCACACGCAUUUGCGUGUGUCCUGCAGGAUGGGGACGUGUGCCGUGGCGAACUUGAGAGAUCAGCUCUUCCAUCUUAACAACAAGGAUAAGGACCCAAAUGCUCCUCCCAGGAAAAUAAGCCCACAGGGUUAUGGCCGCAGGCGACGCUCACUCUUGGACAUUCUGGCAGCCUUAAAGAGCAGCAGCUGAAGGAUACUCUGAGACUGGCUGGCCUCUUUGGUUCUCUCUCAGCCCCGAGAGUUGCCGCCACACAGCUCCCCCUUUCCAAGGACUUGUUGCAUUGCAAUAGCUGCCAAAGUAAGCUCCGCAACAGGAACGGGAUCUAUUCAUCUUUCUGUCUGAUUUAAAAUGAUUGUUAUUCUGCCCUUCCUUCAAGAAGCUCAGGGUGGUGUAGGUGGCUGGCCCCUCCCCCAUUCUAUCCUCACAAAGAUGUGUGAGGUAGGUUAGUCAGAGAGGCAGUGACUGGCCCAAGGUAAGCCCAUGGAACCAAAUGGGCAUUUUAACCAAGCUCUCCCAAGUCCUAGGCAACAUUCUGAGCAUUGCACCACACUGGGAUGGGCACUUCUUCAGGGGCCUAGUGGCUACCCACAGGGACAAGAAGCCCAGCUUGGACUAUGUGUGAAGGAAAGAAGAAACCACAUCCUGGGUGAUGUGAUUAUGGGACAUUGUGAUUGUGGAAUGAACACUGCAAGGUGGACUCUGCAGGCACUCUUAUGUGGGCUUUAGAGGGUGACUGACUCUUCUCCACUCCACGUUUGCCUGCCUCCCUUUCUCCCCAAUCCCACCCCCACACGGCAGGGAAUUGGCUACUUGCAAGUCCCUCUCUGGGCAGGGACUGCUUUAUACUUGAAUGGCCUGGCCAGGCAAAGUGCAAUGGACUCAGUGUGUGCUGUGUGGUUUGUGUGCACUUUUGAGGAGGAAUGAAUGACUGGGUGAAUGCUUCAGCAUGAGAGAGAAUCCAUAUUUAAAUAAUUUUCCUUAUCUUGUAUUCUUUUGUUGUUAAAUAACAGAGAUAUUUUUAUAUAUUAUAUAUUUUACAUAAGGGCAUUUAGAACACCCCGCUGUGUAUUCUUUUGUUUUAUUGUUUUAAAAUAAUGAAUGUCAACCUUUUCUUCUCGUUUUUCUGUCUGCAUUUUUCAUGAUUACCUUACCUCUUUGUCCUGUUUUAUUGCAGUCUGGAUUGGUGAAAGAUAUAGAGAAUGUAUCAAACUGUUCUAAGGACAGUAUGUGAAAAUAAAAUACUAUAUAAAGACA